UAACUUAUGAGAUUUUCGACAAAAUUAUGCGCUGUGAAAUUGCCAAAGAAGCCUGGGACUUGUUGAAGGUAGAGUUUCAGGGUGACAACAAGGGAAUUCAGAUGCAAGUUUUGAAUAUGAAAAGGGAAUUUGUUGUUUUGAGGAUGAAUGAGUCUAAAACUAUCAAAGAGUUUUCAUAUAGAAUAAUGAAGAUUGUGAAUCGAAUCAGAUUGCUGGGUGAUGAAGAACUCUCUGAUAAGAGGGUUGUUGAAAAGGUGUUGGUCAGUUUGCCAGAAAAAUUUGAGCACAAGAUUUCCUCUUUGGAAGACUCCAAGGAUCUUUCCAAAAUUCCCUUAACUGAACUUAUCAACUCUUUACAAGCUGUUGAACAGAGAAAAGCCUUAAGGUCCGAAAGCAAUGUGGAAGGUGCUUUCUUGGCUAUCGAAAAGGGUAAAAGCCAACAAAAGGAAGGAGCAAAGAAGCAAUUUUUUGAUAAGAAAUGGAAAGAAAAGAAGAAGUUUCAAAGAGAUUUCGAGGGCGAUAGAUGCAAGGGUAAAAAGGAGUCAUUUCCUCCUUGUAUUCACUGCAAAAAGACAACUCACACAGAAAAUUUUUGCUGGUUCAAGCCUGGUGUUCAGUGCAGGUCUUGUAAGCAAUUCGGUCAUGUUGAAAAGGUCUGCAAAUCAAAAGCAGACUCUAUAGAACAAGCUCAAAUUGCAAAGAAAGUUGAUCAACAGGAGGAGAAGUUGUUUGUGGCCACUAAAGUGGAAGCUUGCUGUGCUAUGAAUCUCAGUUGUAAUGUUUGGUUGAUACAUAGUGGAUGUACUCACCAUAUGACUCCAAAUGAGAGCUGCUUCAAAAGCCUUGACAAGAGUUUUACCUCUAAAGUCAGAUUGGGUAAUGGAGAGCUAGUAGAAGUCAAAGGAAUGGGAGUAGCAACUGUUGAUACACCAAUAGGUAUCAAGCUUAUUUAUGAUGUUCUAUUUGUUCCUGAGAUUAGCUACAGCCUUAUUAGUGUUGCUCAGCUUGUUGACAACAAAUACUCUUUGCACUUUCAUGACAAGCUAUGUGAUGUAUUUGAUGAAUUUGGAAAUUUGUUGUUAUCUGUUAAAAUGCUUGAUAGGAGUUUUCCUAUUAAAUGGAAAGAAACUCAGAUAAAGGCUUGCGUGAGUACUGUUGAUAAUUCUUGUGUCUGGCAUAAGAGGUUUGGUCACUCUAGUUAUCAAUCUUUGCUAUUGAUGCAAAAAAAGAGCAUGGUUUCUGGUAUGCCUCUUGUUCAUGUUGAUGAACAUGUUUGUAAGGUGUGUCAGCUUGGUAAGCAAUCACAAUUGCCUUUUCCAUCUAGUCAAGCUCAUAAAGCUUCUAUGAAGUUGCAGCUAGUUCACACUGACAUUUGUGGUCCUAUGAAGAUUGCUUCUUUAAGUGGAAAUAGAUAUUUCCUGAUUUUUAUUGAUGACUUCAGCAAAUUUUUUUGGGUGUAUUUUCUGAAACAUAAAUAUGAGGUAUUUGAUGUUUUCAUCAAGUUCAAAGCCUCGGUUGAAAAUGAGUGUGGUUUGAAUAUUAAAACACUUAGAUCUGAUGAUGCAGCUGAGUAUACUUCUCAUAGAUUCCAACAGUUUUUGCAGCAACAUGGAAUUCAUCAUCAGCUCACAAUUCCUUACACACCUCAACAAAAUGGUGUGAGUGAAAGGAAAAACAGAUCUAUUUUGAAUAUGGCUAGGUGUUUGCUAUUUGAGAAGAACUUGCCCAAGAAUUUUUGGGCUGAAGCAGUUUACACUGCUGUGCAUUUGCAGAACCGAUUGCCAACAAAAGCUAUUGAAGAUGAAAAGAGAGGCAAGUUGGAUGAAAGGGCAAAUACUUGUGUUUUUAUUGGUUAUAGCCUACAAUCUAAAGAACUUGAAGCAGAUUUUGAUGAUGCAGCUAAUGAAUCAGAUUUAAUUGAUGAUGCACCAAUGAGAGGAACUAGAACCUUGGAAGACAUUUAUAGUAGAUGCAAUUUGUCUACUGUUGAGCCCUCAAAUUAUUAUGAGGCUGCAAAUUCGGAUGCAUGGAGAGCAGCAAUAAAGGAGGAGCUCAAAAUGAUUGAAAAAAAUGACACCUGGACUUUGGUUGACAGACCAAAAAAUAAAAACAUCAUAGGUGUUAAAUGGGUAUAUAGGGUCAAGAUGAAUUCUAAUGGCACCAUCAACAAAUAUAAGGCAAGAUUGGUGGUGAAAGGUUACUCUCAAUUGGCUGGAAUUGAUUUUACUGAGACCUUUGCACCUGUGGCAAGACAUGAAACUAUCAGACUGUUGUUGGCUCUUGCAGCACACAAAGGCUGGAAUGUCUUCCAUCUUGAUGUCAAAUCAGCAUUUUUAAAUGGCAAAUUAGAAGAAGAAAUAUUUGUUGAGCAGCUAGAAGGGUUUGUGCAAGAUGGUGCAGAGAAUAAAGUUUAUUUGCUUAAAAAGGCCUUGUACGAGCUAAAACAAACUCCUAGAGCUUGGAACUGCAAAAUUGAUGAUCACUUGCUGAGUCUUGGGUUUGAGAAGAGUCUAAGUGAGGCUACUCUUUAUGUGAAAAAGAAGAAUGGAGUACUUGUUAUAGUCUCCAUAUAUGUUGAUGAUUUGCUGGUCACAGGAAAUGAUGAAGUUGCUUUGAAUCAGUUCAAGAUUGACAUGCUGCAAAUUUUUGACAUGAAUGAUCUGGGCAAAAUGACGUAUUUUCUUGGUAUGGAGAUUGAUCAGUCUAGCAAAGGCAUUUUUAUUUGCCAAAGAAAUUUUACGGGUGAGAUUUUGAGCAAAUUUGCUAUGUCAAACUGCAGGCCAGUUAGUACUCCUUCUGUGUCAGGAGUUAAAUACAAAGCCAUUGAUGGUUCAACAAAUGUUGAUGAAGGGGUAUAUAGAAGUAUGAUUGGCAGCCUUCUAUAUUUAUCUGCUACCAGACCUGAUAUAAUGCAUGCUGUUAGUUUGCUUUCAAGGUUUAUGCAUUCACCUACUGAAGUUCAUCUCAAGGGUGUUAAAAGAAUAUUCAGAUAUUUGAAGGCAACUGCUGGUUUUGGUGUUUUCUAUCCUAGAGCUGAGAAAAUUAAGUUACUUGGCUUUUGUGACAGUGAUUGGGCAAGGUCUGAGGAUGAUAUGAAAAGCACCACUGGUUUUUGUUUCACUCUCGGAUCAGGUGUUAUAAGCUGGUGUUCUCAAAAGCAAGAUGCACUUGCACAUUCCACUGUGGAAACUGAAUAUAUAACUGCUGCAACUGUUGUGGAUCAGGCUAUUUGGUUAAGGAAAUUGUUGGUUGAUGUUCAUCAUGCUCAAUCCAAUCCUACUGAAAUGUUGUGUGAUAGCAAAGCUGCAGUUGCUACUGCUAAAAAUCCAGUCUUUCAUGGAAAGACAAAACAUUUUAAAUUGAAGUAUCAUAUUGUUAGAGUUACAGAAAAUGAUGGUGAUAUUGUUAUGGUGCACUGUUCCUCUGAAGAAAAUGUUGCUGAUAUUUUCACUAAGGGCUUACAAAAGAUCAGAUUUGAAGCUCUUAGAAACAAGCUUGGCGUUUGCAGCUUGGAUGCCAAGGAGGAGUGUUGAAUGAAGAUUUUUGUAGUUUUCGAAGUACUGUGCCAUCACAUGCUGCAACAAUUCAGUGUCUGAUUUUUUGAUGUAAUUUAACCUUUGGUUAGGUAGCUUUUUGUUAACCUUCUAUCAGUAUAGACACUUGAGUAGGGGGCUAAAAUUAAGCUACUUGUAGUUUGGUAAACUACUCUUCCCCUUUCCCGAAAGCUAGUGUUUAUUUUGCAUAAAAGGAGAAAUCAAUUAUCAUUUCUGUG